AUGCGCGUUGCAAUUACUUGUCAUGUGCUGUCCGUGGCAGAGCCAGUUUUUCUGCUUUCAAAGUGGGACUGGGGAGGAGACCUCAAGACUCAAAUACCCAGAUCCCCAGUAGCUGCCAGCCAGGCAUCCAGGAGGCCACUUGCCUUCUUCAGCUCCAGUUGCUCCUUCAGGUCCUGUCUGUGGUGUAGGUGUGACAGUCUCGUGCCCCAGAGCUCUUUGGCUUCACUGAAAUGUCAAAAAAUCCUGAAAUGGUUUGGACGGGAAGAUAAGGAGACAGAGGAGAAGGAAAAGGACAAGGAAGAAGAGAAGGGAGAAGAGGAAAAGACUGAGGGAGAAAAAGAGAAGGACAAGAAGGAAGAGGAAAAAGCCCAUGGCAGCUUCAAGGAUGAUGAGAAGGAAGACGAGGAUUAGCCUUUCCAUGCUGGAGUAGCAGUGCAUGCCCUGGACACACCAAAAAGGUGGAGAUGUGAACAGCAGCAUGCGCUGGAUGGGGCCUGGGCCACUUUUAGCCAAAUAAAGGUUUUUGCAGGCUACAAAGAGAAG